AUGCGGGCCUCCAACUUCUUGUCGACUCUCGCUGUUGUCGUCUUGGCCUCUCCGGCCCUGGCCCAGAACAACAACAACAAGCAGAGCUCUUCCUCGUCCAGCGGCGGCGAUGAUUCAGGCCCGACUGGCCUCCCGACGCUGACAAAACCCGGAGGAAACGUCCCGACAUAUCCUCCCCCAACCGUGCCGCCGACCAAGAAUGCGCCCUUCAUGCAGCACUCGAGUGCGCCGGACGGAACCGUCUUCAUCGCCGUUGGCGCCAUCCUCGGCGCUUUCCUCCUUGGUGUCUUGCUUUGGCGCAUCAUCGUCAGCUUCCUUCUGCACCGCUCCGUUCGCCGCGCCGCCUUGGCCCAGCAUGAGGCCAACAACAAGACGGGCUUCCCGGCACCUCCCGCGCCUUUCUACAAGUAUUCCGACCACGCCUCGCCUGCUCCUCCGCCCGCCGGCAGUGGCCGCGGCGUCCGUCGCACCAACCGAAACACCAUGACGCCGUCUGCCGCCCCCAGCCAGUCCAACCUGUUCUUCUCGCCUACCGCUGCCGGGUCCAAUGCUCCGGGCGGCCGUGGCUCGACCUUUUUGCCUUCUGGAUUCUAUGCUGCCGGAAACUCGUCACCUGGUGGACAGCAGGGUCCUUCCAUCAGCUUGACGAAUCUGCGACCCGACUCGAUGAGCCACCCCAACGGCUCUAGGAACUCGCUCAUGGGCCCAUCGCCUCCGGACUCCCCUCACUUCACGCCCCGAAGAGAUAUGAGCAGCAGCUCCGUGAACCUGAACACUCGCCAGCCGGGCCAGCGAGCCCCGAGUGCCUACCUCGAAGACUUGCUUGCCGAUGAGCCUGGAAGCCUCCCCCCACCACAGAUGCCUCCUAGCUCUGGCCCAAGAGGCAGCGGCAGUCCUCGACACCGAUAUUAA